ACAGCCGUAUUGCUGAAGCCUUUUGUAAGAAGGAAUGGCGUCGAACGUGAAGGAGAGGCAGCGGCUGAGUCUGACAAAACCGACCAUACAGAGCCAGCAUCGGAGGUGUUAAAAACCAGGCGUUUGCCGUUCGCUCUCCAGGCAGAUGGAGGGGACGGGGCAGGGCACGGGGGUUCCUGCUGCCCCCGUGUCCGCAGGACCGGCUCCUGCGGCGUCCGGAUCACGGGAGAGAACCAAGACCCCCUCUUUCCUGUCGAACCUGGGCAAGCCCACGCUGAGGGGCAUCCGGAAGUGCCCGAAGUGCGGCAUGUACAACGGCACGCGGGGCCUGAGCUGCAAGAACAAGGCGUGCGGCGCGGUGUUCCGGGACGGCGCGAGGAAGGCGCAGGCCAGCGCCGAGGCGGUCCGCGUGGUGACGGGUGCGGGCGGGGGGGCCGCCGGCGGCGAGGCGCAGGUGUUCUCGGUGCGGCAGAGGGGCCGGGGGCCGGAGCAGCGCGGCUUCGUGGAACUGGGCGUGACGGAGACGGCCAUCUCGACCGCCGACGGCACCCUGCUCACGCACAUCAGCCUGGGCCACUGCUUCGUCCCCUCCUGCCGGCAGGGCUCGGCCCCCGGCAGAGGGGCGCCCCCCGCCGCACAGCCCGCACCCCCGCCGCAGCAGGAGCGCCCCUGCCUGCACAUGAAGCAGGCCAUGGAGUGCCAGGCGGAGGCGACGCCCCUCACUCUCAAGAGCUCGGUGCUGGGCUCCCUGCAGGCGCCGGCCGAGACCAAGCAGGCCCUGUGGCAGCUGGCCACCGAGUCGCUGGGGCCGCUGGUGCAGCGGCUGUCGCGCGCGGUGAUGGUGGUGAAGUGCCAGCGCAGCGCCAGGCACCCGCUGGGCCUCCUGCACCUGACGCUCGGCGAGCGCAAAGACGGGCUGCGCUACCACUGCGCCUGCCAGCGCGCCGCCAGGCCCGAGGGGGCGUCCAGGACCGCGCUGAAGCUCCCGGAGGACCCCUCCUCCUCCUCCGCCUCCCCCUCGCCGGCGCUGGCCGACGCCUCGAGCUCCUGCUCCCAGGAGUACUGCCUCCAUCUCUACGCCUGCGUCUGCGCUUUCGCCAGCGACGAGAAGCUGGCCGCCGAGUUCUCGGGGUUUUUCAGCUACGAUGCCGACGGUUUGCACGUGGGCGCUGAGUGCUCUGUCACGAACGCCACUAACCCCCCCCAGCCGGCUGAGCGCUGUACCCCACACAAACCCAAGAGGUCAAAGCUAGAAGACAGUGUGGCAGCCAGUAUUCCCACCCUACCUGCAAAAGAGGGGGUCCCCAGUUCUCUGCGGAGGUUCACCUCCAGGAAGCACCCCAUUUCCACAGUGCUGAAGAAACCAGGAGGCGCUCAGCCGGUGGACGACGAAGCCCGCGUGUCCCUUUCCUUCCAGCACUGGCUGGCCAGCGUAACCGAGCGGAUCCACCAGACCAUGCACUUCCAGUUCGGUGGCAAGCCCGACCCCCUGGUGUUCCACAUCCCCCAGUCUUUCUUCAACGCUCUGCAACAGCGCCUCUCGGCCGGCAGCAAGAAGAAGAGGCUCCCGAACUCCACCACGGCAUUUGUGCGCAAAGAUGCCCUGCCACUUGGAACCUUCUCCAAAUACACCUGGCACAUCAACAACAUUCUGCACGUCAAACAGAUCUUCGAUACUCCUGAGAUGCCCCUGGAGGUGACCCAGAGCUUCGUAAGAAAUCGGGACGGGUCGUUUGAGCCAUUCCGCUGCCCCGAAGUGCCGGUCGAACCCGAGACGCAGAGCCGCGCAGACAGGCAGCCCUCCAUCCGCCCGCUGGAGCUGCGCACCUUCCUGCGUGUGGGGAAUACCUCUGCGGAGCAGAAGGACCCCACACCCUUCAUCAUUGAGUGGAUCCCAGACAUCCUGCCGAGGUCGAAAAUCGGCGAGCUGCGGAUCCGCUUCGAGUACGGGCACCUGCAUAAUGGGCACGUGGAGUACUCGGACAGUCAGGGCGGCCCGGCGCCGGUGGAGAUCUGCCGGGUCACUGUGCCCUGAGGCCAGGCGGCCCCGAGAUCGCUGUGUGACCCAGGGCUCACACGCCACACUGCGAGUCAGUAGAUGGCAGGGCGCUCCGUGUUCUCGGUGAGCUGUGAGACGCGAGGAGCUCUACAGUCAAAGUGCUUUCACAGGAGUGAGAUACUCCACUUAACUGCUUUAGGUCAGGGGCUCCGUUGUACCGGACUGGGGGUCUGUAAAACAUCAUGCGCUCUGUGCAGUCCCUCUGUAACUGCGAGACAUUAUUGGCCAUAUCGGAAGUCUGAGGCUGGGUGCCGUCUCUCUGUGUUUGUGUCUUGUUGUUCGCUAUGUGUACCGUGUGCCGCGUGAGUUAUGUGUCGGUUGCCGAUUAGAAAUGGCGUCUGCUUCUGCAAAUAAGCUUCAUGCUGCUUUGUGGAAGCAGUCAGUUUUGCUAAUCUGUUCUGUUCUUUGUCUUUUAGCUGCUCUUUGUGUAAUGUCCAGGUGAUGUGUUCAGGUGCUUUCACGUCCCAGGAAAUGUGCUUUGAUUUGAUUUUUAUUAUAAACACACAGCCCUGCAAAUAAACAUUUUACAUUAUGAUUUAAGAAUGCCUUCUUCCUUCAAUGCUCAUGAGGACAUCACUGCCGGAAAAAGCAAAACUGCACCAGGAUUAACAGAUCCACCUCUUUAACAUGGCGACGAUGCUCUCUUCAGUGAUUUUCAUGUUUCAGGUUCCAGGUUUUUAUGAGUAGCUU